AUGUCCGACAUUUCCGGCUACGAAACGAUCAUCGUUCCCAACACUGGCCAUAGGCUGGCAGUGACCUUCGUUCCUGGUUCUUGCCUACAGGCGGAUGUUUUCCGUUUCGGGCUCGAUACACAGAUCUUUCGUCGGGAGGGCCGAAAGAUUCAAGUUAGUAAUGGGAAGUGGGCAAAAUUUGGGUAUUACGACCAUCAGAUAGAUUACACCAAUAACAAGGAGGAUGCGGUCGAGUGGAAUAUUGUAGAAACCGGCGCAGGCAGUCUGAUUAAAGAUAAUCGUGGAAGGGCUUGGACUUUUGAUCUUACAAAGGAUUCUCACCGUGUACCAAUAAUCCUGGAUAACGUGCGGGAGCCCGAAAAUGGAUUACCAACGAAACUGCAGGAGUUUCACAUUAUUACUGGCAUCCCCCCUCCACCCCCUGACAUACAAAAGAAGCGUCUUGGGGAGGUUCCCCAGGUCCUUGAAGGAACAGUCGACAUUACUGGAGCGAACAAACCGGAGAAACGCGAGGGUAAGACGCCACCUCCUCGACUGGAGAUUGAGGAGUUUCGUAAGGACAAGCGGUUCUUUGCUUUGUACAUUCAGGCUUUGAUCGAAGUGAAAAAGUUGCCGGAAAGCCUCAUUACGUCGUAUUAUCAGAUUAGCUCGCUUCACGGGCUUCCUCUUAUUCUUUGGAACAAUGCCCCAGGCACAGGUGUAUACUGCCAGCACGCCUCACCCCUCUUCCCGACCUGGCAUAGACCUUACGUUGCUCUCUUCGAGCAAGUCAUCCAGGAGCGUGCUAUCAAGAUAGCAAACAGAUAUGCUGGCACAGACAAACAGAAAUGGGUACGAGCAGCAGAGGAUCUACGCCAGCCUUACUGGGACUGGGCCAAGGAGCGGGAUCCGUCGUUCCUCAACAUUUUUUUCUCUACACAGACUUUCGAUAUUGAAACGCCGGAGGGGAGCAAGCACUUGCAAAACCCUUUCCUUUAUUAUCAGUUCGACUCCCGUUUCUCGAAGAGCAGCUUUCCCGCCGAGUACCAGGGUUUCGACAGAACCCUUAGGCAUCCAUAUAGCAGAGAUUCGGCAGAAUCCAUCAAGAGGCGAGCCAAGAAAAAACCAUCCGGUUCUAAACUAAUGUUGCUUAUGAUUCCCAGUUCCUUCAAAGCCGCACAGAAACAACUUACAGUGAAUACUCACGACCUGUUCGAUAUUCUCACGUGGGAUGAUUUUAGCAACAAGGCAAAAAGCGGGGGGGGUCGUAAGGGAGGUACAAGCAGUCUGGAGGCGGUGCACGACACUAUCCACAACAUAGUGGGAUUCAACGGCCAUUUCAAUAGCGGUCUGGGAGCUUUUGAUCCCUUGUUCUUCCUUCAUCACUCCCAAGUCGAUAGGUUGUUGUCUCUGUGGAGUACGCUUCAUCCGGACGUAUGGGUUCAUGAAAACGAACCAACAGGUUCUGAAGGCUCACCACCUCCAGCUCUUUACCCAUUCCGGAAGCCCAAGGACGAGGGCGAGGACACGGACAAAUGGUGGACUUCGGCUGAAAUUCGUUCUCAUGAAACGUUCAAUCACACCUAUCCGGAAUAUCUAGACAAGAAUGGCGGCCUCGUGCCCAAUGACAAACUCAAGGCGCACAUUCGAACGGAAGUCGACAAAUUAUAUGGAAAGUACUCAAUCUUCGGCGACGAGCCCACCGGAGAGACGCGGUCCGCUCUGUCGUGGUCCGUUCGCAUUCUGUCAAAGCGCUUCGUGAUCGACAAGAGUUUCUCUGUAUUCGUCUUCCUCGAAGAAUAUCCAAAGACAAUUGCCGAAUGGAGGAAGAAGGCUGUUGGUACCCACGAUGUUUUCAUCAACUACAGCGCGCGCAACCAGUGCCCAAAUUGCGACAGUCGCGCAGAACAAGACAUUGAAGGCUAUGUACACUUGACCUCCGAGCUUCAAGACCUUCAAAAAAAGAAAGCAUUGGGGCUGAGCGAAAGCGACGUGGUCAAUCACUUGAAGGAAAAGCUGUACCUUGGUAUACUGAAGGUGAUCACUUCACUCACGGUCGAUCAAAUGUCAACAGAGCAUUUAUGCUAA